AUGCUCUCCGAUAUCCAACGUACGCACUCACGCUCCACCACCACACAGUCGCUCUCCUCCGACGUCCAGUUCGAUGCACAGGCGAACGUGAAGCCCAGUCUCCACUUCACUGCCCAGGAGAUCGAGAUGGUUCGCUCGUCGUGGAAGGAGAUGAUCAGCGACGACCUGUCGAAGGAGGGCAACCAGAGCUCAUUCGCAUCGUCUCUCUUCUGCAUCCAGUUCUACUCGAACCUCAUGGCCAUGGAGCCUGAGCUGGAGAAGAUGUUCCCUUCCAUAAAGCACCAAGCCAUGUCGUUUUCCGGGGUGCUGUCGACUGCCAUCAUCAACCUGGACCACCUGGACAAAUUGGACGACUAUUUGAACAACCUGGGCAAGAGACACGCAAGAAUACUCGGCAUUGAUCCACCACACUUCGAACUUAUGGGCGCUGCGUUUCUGAAGACCGUACAGGAUCGCUUUGGCCACAGCUUGACCCUGGCAAUGGAGAGGUGCUGGGCUCGUCUCUACACGUAUCUUGCGAAUUCCAUAUUGCAGGGUGGCAUUGAUCCGAUUCUCAGGGUGGAGAAGCUGAACAGUGACAUGUACGCCGUGCUGGAGAGAACCAGCACUCAGGUGACGAUGAACUCGUCCACCACGCUAUUCGACCAGAGAUCAGCUUCAACAACCUCCACGUCGUCCCUGUAUAACGUCAACCACAGUGCACAGCAUCAGCCACAGUCGAGACUGGCAUCCCAGUCAUCCUACACCAUGACGGGCAAGCCGUUGCCCAGCCAGCUGCGGAAGGCAUCACACAGCUCAUCCCAUAAUGAAUACCAGACACAUGCUCACUCGAACCUCUCACAGUCAAGGCAUACCAAGAGGCUCUCCAAGAGUGUGAAGGAUGAUAAGGACUGCACGAUAAUGUAA